AUGCUAGAUCAGGGUAUAAUCCGUCCCUCAGAAUCCGCUUGGAGCUCGCCUAUUUGGGUAGUUCCGAAGAAGGCUGACGCGUCCGAACGCCCACCAUCAGUUGAUAAUUCGUCUACAGCAUCCGCUCACACUAGUUUAGAGAACCCAAUUUUAGAGAUUCCAAUCGUUGCGGAACCUCUAAAUAAAUAUCAUAGGCAGUUAUGCAUUAGAGUAGUAGGUGAUAUUAAAAAACGGCCAACGGGUUCGAAACCGUUUGAUACGCAUACUAGAACAUCAGUACAAGUUUCUAGCUCUAAUUUAGAAUCAGACGUAGUAGAUAUAAUUAAAGAAUUUGUUAAUCCUAAGGUAAAAACCGCGUUGCUUAUAAAUCCUCCCUUAGCUUUUUAUGACAUUAUACCGAUCAUUCAAGAUAAAUUCAAAAGUUCCGCAAUGAAUUUAGUGCUGUGCAAAUACGAAGUAGAGAACGUUAAAGAGUACUUAAGACAGCAAGAGAUACUCAAACAUUACCACGAUGGUAAAACUAACCACCGCGGAAUAAACGAGUGCCAUCUAGCUUUAUCCCGUCGUUACUAUUGGCCAAAGAUGAAGGACGAUAUAACUAAAUUUAUUAAUAGUUGCACUAUUUGUGGUCAAGCGAAAUAUGACCGUAAUCCUAUUAAGCAACAGUUUAAUAUAGUUCCCCCGGCAACAAAACCCUUCGAAAUAGUCCAUAUCGAUCUAUUAUCCAUUCAAAAUGAAAAAUAUUUGACCAUAGUAGACGUAUUCUCUAAAUACGCGCAGGCAUAUCAUAUUCGCGACGGUACUGCUAUUAGCACGUUACAAGCUUUACUUAAAUUCUGCACUCACCAUGGUCUCCCAUUAACUAUUGUUUCUGAUAACGGUACAGAAUUUACCAAUCAGUUAUUUAGUGAAUUUGUUGCCUUACACAAAAUUAAUCAUCAUAGAACUUUGCCGCAUAGUCCUAACGAUAACGGUAUAGUAGAAAGAUUUCACUCUACUUUGCUUGAGCACCUUCGUAUUUUAAAACUUAGUCAUAAAAAUCAGGACGUAAUUAACCUUAUCCCGUACGGUAUUUUAGCAUACAAUAGUUCUAUUCAUUCAUUCACUAAGUGCCGACCUUUUGAUAUUAUAACUGGCCACUUUGACCCGCGAGAUCCUCUCGAUAUAGAUAUAUCUAAGCACUUAAUGCAGCAGUACAUGCAAACCCAUCGUGACAAUAUGAAACUUGUCUAUGACGCAAUAAAUGAGUCAUCGCUGAGUACUCGUACUCACAUUAUAGAAAAUCUAAAUAAAACCCGCGAACCGGAAAUCGAGUACCAACCCCAACAACGCGUGUUCGUUAACAACCCUUUAGCAAGUCGUCAAAAGCUAGCCCCACGAUAUAGUCAGGAUACUGUUCUUGCGGACUUACCUAUACACAUAUAUACCUCUAGAAAGCGCGGUCCCGUAGCUAAAAGUAGGUUAAAACGAGUCCCUAAAAGUGCCCAAUUGUUGCAGGGUGCUACUGGUCCUGACUGCUCGUUUGAUAACGGCUCAGGAACGCAAUCAAGAGAUAACACUUGA